AUGUUCCCGGCAUACAAAGUUCUAUGUGUGUUCAUCAGACAGAUAUCAAAGCCGUUUGCAAAUUAUCUAAAGAGAAGAGCAGCACAUAACGAAAGAUUCAGAAACAUCUGUAUAUACUUCGGAAACAAAAGCUUCGCCUUCGAAAGGUACAUAUCGAGAAGGUUCUAUAACUCGGAAGUGACAGAUUGCGACAAAGUAACACUCUCGCCGGAGAAAUCAGUCAACAUAGGAAGCGAGUUGCUGGGAGAGUGCGUAAUAUUCGGAGUGGCAGCAGGACUGAUAACAGCAGAGUACGUGAGAGGAGCAAUAAAGGAGUCCAGAAAGGAAACUAACCUGAGAAGAAGGCUGGAUACAAUCGACUCCAGGCACGAGGAGCUGGAAAAGUACAUCAAAAACGAAGUGUCACGACAGCUGUCGGAGAGAUUCCCAGUGGUGUCGGACAGCAAGCAGAGAAGAUUUUAA